UCUGUUUUUCAUUAUCGCUCAAAAAACAGAGAUUUCUCUGUUUUCUCUCUUUAUUCUUUAUGGGAUAUCACGGAUUCGCACCAAUCGUUCCUCUACAGGUAUUCAUUAACGCGUUCUUAGUGAUGGGCUUUAUCAGCAACCUGGUCUUCUGGGUUUUCCGUUACAUGGGUCUAUCCAAGCUAAUCGGUUCGGACCAAGCUUGGGCUGAUAGUCCGAUACCCGACUACAAGACUCUGUACACCUCUCUGUUACGGGCGUCACUGCCGAUGUUCAAGUACGAGGAUUUGGUGGAGCGACCCGAGAGCUGCUGCUGCAUUUGCCUUUACGAGUACGAAAGAGGAGCGGAGAUCAGGGGGUUGCCCACCUGCAAGCAUGUUUUCCACCGACAGUGUCUGGACCGCUGGAUUGAUCUCGAGCAUAUAACGUGUCCGCUUUGUAGGAUACCGUUUGAGACUGAGGAGAUGAAGUGGGAGCUCAAUAAACGUCUGUGGGCCACUUCGGGUUUCGCCCAUAUGCAUAGUGGGCCCAGUCCGGUACCGGCGUCGUAGCAGAUCAGUUAGUUCUCUUGUUUUUGUUUUUGUUUUUGUCCUUUUUGAAAAUCAUGUGUAUAAGUUUCAGCGACAAAAACUUUAAUCGGAAAGAUAUUUUUUUUUCUUUUUUGAGAAAAGAAUGAUUCAUUAAUCAAACGAAGAAUUACAACGAUUCCUUGUAACAAAGGAAUUAACAUCA